AGGAUACAGCACCAACAGGCAAGGCAACAAAACCCAGCAAGAACUCAGUGCCGACUCCCAUUCAACAACCCAAGAGAAGAGCAAGGCAGGCAUCCUUAGAUUCUGCUGUCUCUUGCCACUUCUUGUUCUUGUUCCUGUCUCUCUUCUUGCUGUUCUUGUUCUUGUUCUUCUCUGUGACAUCACAGGGCAUGAGAUAAGACCUUCUCAAGACCUCAGCAGUCUCUUUUGACUUGCAUCAAAGGGUAGGGGAAGACCAGAAAGGAAAGAAGAAAGAAGAGCCUACUUUCUACUCUGCAUAUUCCACUCCAAGGAGGAAGGGUGGAGAGGAGGAGGAGGGGGUAAGGAUAGCAUGGGGAUUCCGUGCGACGACGUGGUGAUCAUAAGGCAGUCCGAGCGAGAAGAGGAGCCCAGCAUGAUCACCAUUAACUGCCCCGACAAAACUGGGUUGGGCUGCGAUUUGUGUCGCAUCAUUCUUUUCUUCGGCCUGAGCAUCGUCCGAGGAGAUGUGUCGACGGAUGGAAAAUGGUGCUAUAUACUGUUUUGGGUCAUCGGCAAACCGAACACGAGGUGGAGUUUAUUGAAAAAGAGACUAGUUGGGGCAUGUCCCUCUUGUUCUUCAGCUUCCAGCAUUUGGUUUUACCAUUCUGAGCUGCAGCCAUCGAAGCCUCCUGACGUCUUUCUUUUGAAGUUAGGUUGUUGUGAUCGGAGAGGACUUCUGUAUGAUGUGACGUGGGUGCUUUGUGAGCUUGAGCUUAUAAUCAAGAGAGUUAAGGUGUCCACGAAACCUGAUGGAACAGUGAUGGACCUCUUUUUCAUCACUGACACCAGGGAACUUUUGCACACAAAGAAGAGGCAGGAUGACGUAAGCGAUCAUUUGAAAACAGUGAUAGGGGAGGCCAUGAUCAGUUGCGACAUAGAAAUGGUUGUUCCUGAAAUAACAGAGUGUUCGCAGGCCGCUUCGUUUCUUCCUUCUGCAAUCACGGAAGACUUUUUCCAGAAGGAAAUGCCUACUAAUCAGCCAAACGGGUUGUCGACCUCCAAGAGUGUUUCCGUCAAGAUGGACAACAUGCUAAGCCCUGCUCACACGCUUGUCCAAAUAAGUUGCCAAGAUCACAAAGGACUUCUCUAUGACAUAAUGAGAACCCUGAAGGACUACAAUAUUCAGAUUUCUUAUGGACGCUUCUUCAUAAAGCAAAGAAGGAACUGCGAAAUUGAUCUCUUCAUAAUGCAAGCGGAUGGGAAGAAGAUAGUUGCCCCAAGCAAGCAGCAAGCGUUGUCCUCCCGUCUGGAGAUGGAACUCCUUCAGCCUCUCAGAGUAGCCAUUGUAAGUCGUGAUCCUGACACGGAGUUGCUGGUUGCGAAUCCCGUGGAGUUUUCUGGAAAAGGCCGGCCCCUCGUCUUUCAUGACAUAACCCUCACUCUCAAGACGCUCAGCGUCGGCAUAUUUUCGGCUGAGAUUGGGAGACACAUGAUUGGAGAUCGGGAAUGGGAAGUCUACAGAGUUCGUCUCGAUGAAGGCGAAGGCUUGUCUAUUGCGAGGGAGAAAAUCGAGGAGGAAGUGUGGAAGAUGUUGAUGGGCUGGGACUGAAAACCGAUAUCUAAUUCCAUUGAUCGCACAUGCUUUGCCGAUGUGAAUUAGGCGAGAACUUAGCUACCAUCCACUUCACUCACAGCUUCCUGAAGACUAACUUUGCUUCUGCGGAUGGAGAUGUUUAUAGCAAAUGGGAUGGGACAUGAAAUCAAGCUCUCAGCUCUUAGCAUACACGCCGCAGAAGCACAGCGAGGCGCUAGUAGUCAUGUUGUAGAAAUGCUUAUGCUUCGCGAGUGACAGGCUGUUAUGGCUUAUUCUUGGAAUGCAGAUUUUUUUUGCAGUCCUAUUUCAGAGUUGUAAAUAGCAUCUAGUCGUGUAUAGAGUUCAGCUUGUUUAUCUUGUGAAUUCAUGUGUAACCUUAACCGAGGUUUGUUAUUGCAGAAAGAAUAAAGUCUACAAGGUUUAGCUUCA